CCCAGGUUUUCAGUCCUGCCCGUUGACGUACGGAUGCUUCUGAAGUCCCAAGAGCCUGGAGAUAGGCACGAUUUUUGCUGUAUACUACAUAGAUAUCUGAUACAUGCAUUGUAUGUACACGGAAAUACGGGGGGGAUCGUGCAUGGAUGUCACUCGACUGUCGCAAGUUCUGGACCACGAAUCACUAAGAUACUCCGCAGUAUUCUUGCACCUUGCCUUUACUUAAGAGACUUGCGAGCUCCAAGGUCGCUAUGAAAACAAUAUAUAUAGUGAUAGUAGCCUAGUGGGUUGUGUUAAAUCGUUAUAGCAUAGAAUCGCCCAUCAGUUAUACUAUUAAGGCGAAACGAUGAAGACAGCCUCUAGCAAUGAUGAGUUGGCCAGCGAGAAGAUUGAGGUUGUACAGAAGGAGUCUGCCAAUUCGACCUCGGACAGUCCCUCUGAUGCGCUGCCAGACUAUGAGGAUGAAAUAAAGCCUAGGUUAACAUGGCAGAUGGCACUUGCUUUUAUCGCACUUACUAUGCAAUUCAAUGCCUACAUCCUGACGCUCCUGAUUCCAUCCACGACACUGGCCGAGAUCAAUCGGUCGAUUGGUCCUAGCCUAAAUUACUCAUGGGUCACCAUCUCCUGGACCCUGGCUGCCAGCAUUACUGUCUCAGUCAGCGGACGUCUUAGUGAUAUCUUUGGCCGCAGAUAUUUCAUGCUUGGUGGAGCAUGCAUUGCUCUUGUUGGAUGUAUCGUUGGCGCCACUGGACAGAACAUCAAUCAGAUGAUUGCCAGCGGCGUCAUCCUUGGUACUGGAAGCGGUAUUCAGGAGAUGGCCUACGCGUGUAUUCAGGAGAUUGUGCCGAAUUCGUGGAGAUUAUACGCUAUAGGUUUAUUCGAUCUCAUGGCCAUCAUCUCUUUCUGUGGGCCCCUCAUAGCUUGGAGUUUUAUCGGCACAACUUCAGUUGGAUGGCGCGGCGCGUACUACUUUAUGACAGGUUUCCACGCCGCAGCCCUUGUCCUUCUUUUCUUUGCAUACCACCCUCCAACCUUCCAGACCAAGCAUCGCAUCGAUGGCAAAACGAAGCUUCAGUUGGUCAAGGAGAUGGACUUCGUUGGGUUGUUCCUAUUUGCUGGGGGCUGCAUUCUUUUUCUCCUUGGUAUCAACUACGGCGGGAAACAGUAUCCAUGGAAGGAUGCACAUGUGAUUGCACCGAUCGUCACUGGUGUGCUUUCCCUGGUUGCUCUGGGUUUCUGGGAGGCUUAUGCAGAUCUCGCAUAUCCACUCAUGCCACCGAGACUGUUCAAAAGAUGGAGACAGUUCACCAUGGUUCUCAUUGUCUGCUUCGUCGGUGGUAUGCUGUACUAUUCGAUGAAUGUCCUGUGGCCUCGUCAAUCUCAGCUGUUAUACACUGGUCCAGAUCCAAUCCAGAAGGGUCUCUACGCCGAGAUGAUUCCUCUGGGCACAACGAUAUCCGCAUUCAUCACUAUAUUUAUCUGCGCAAACGUUGGCCAUGAACGCUGGCAACUUGUUGCAUUUACCAUUAUCCAGACUGCCCUGAUCGGAUCUCUCUCCACGGUUGGGUUGGAUAGCAAGAAGCAAGCCAUCGCUACCAUAAUCUGUCUUUCCAGCACGGUAACUCCACCACAGCUUAUGAGCUUCACCAUGUUGAGUUUAGGUAUCGACGAUCAAACUGACAUCGGUAUCGCCGUGGGCCUUGCUGGUACCUUCCGCCUUCUGGGUGGCGCUAUCGCAACGGCAGUCUAUACCGCAGUCAUCAACAACGGAUUUUCCUCUGCGAUUGCAGGAGACCUUGAAUCCAAUCUCGAGGUAUUCGGGAUCACGCCAGCUUCGAGCACUUGGCCAGCCUUUCUCAAGGCUGCAGAGCUCAACACCGCAGCAGCAUACAAGAACAUUCCAGGAAUCACCCAGAGUAUAAUCGAUGCGUCUGGUUUGGCUGUGAAGCAGGCGUAUGUUAGCGCGUUCAGCACAACAUACUUGGUGGCCAUCGCGUUUGGUGUGAUGGCAAUUAUUGCUAGUGCCUGCACGAGCAGCAUUGAUCUAAAGGCGAAGCAUAGCGGGAAAGCUGUUCAAUUAGAGAACGAUAAGAGUGACGUUCCUAACGAAAAGGUUGUGGUAUGAAUAAACUCAUAGGAGGAUAUAGAUAUAACGUCACAAAAGUGCUCUAAGUUAAACGGUAGAAUGCAACAAAACAGU